AUCAGGCGCGUAUCUGUAUAGCAAUGGCUGGAUAAACAGUAGCUGGUGUGCUGCUGCUAAUGUCUGCGCAGGCUCGCCGUUUGAAACCGUGACUGGUGAAAUUACAGGCCUGUCAAUCGUGCGUUUAAGAAGGUUUGUUUCGUUUUUGGUCCGCAACAUUCUAGUGAGGGUUGACGUAUUUUGGCGGUUGUAGUUUAUAAUUAGCCACGAAAAACUCGAAUGGUAUCACCAACCUUAAUAACUGCCUCUUUUCUAAACUGUUUGCGUUGCGUCUGUUAAGCAUGAUGCGAUGCAGCUAUUGUCGCGUUAACCAAACCCCCGUAUAACUCUGAACAUCUUCAAUUACCGACUCCUUGAUCAAACGUCUUUUCCCGGUAACUUGCAGCGAACAUGACUGAAAGGGAGGAACGGCGCUUCGCUGAGGUGCCCCGCGAAUCGAUUAAACUGAUGGCCGAGAGCGCAGGAGUGGAGCUCAGCGAGGAGGUCGCAGCUCUGCUGGCCGAGGAUGUGUGUUAUCGCCUCCGAGAAGCAACACAGAACAGCUCACAGUUCAUGCGACAUGCUAAAAGAAGAAAGCUGAGCGUAGAAGACUUCAACAGAGCGCUGCGGUGGAGCAAUACUGAGACCGUUUGUGGCUACGGUGCACAAGACUCCUUACCUUUCCGACCAUUAAAGGAAGGAGAACUGUUCUUUGUAGAGGAUAGAGAGAUAAACCUGGUGGAGUUGGCGCUUGCUACCAACAUCCCCAAAGGCUGUGCAGAGACAAUGGUUCGAGUACAUGUGUCGUAUCUUGAUGGGAAAGGCAAUCUGGAACCUCAAGGCACAGUACCCACUUCUGUUCAGUCUCUAUCGGAUGAUCUGCUGAAGUAUUACCAACAAAUAACUCGAGCCAUUUUAGGAGAGGACCCACAUCUUAUGAAGGUUGCUCUGCUGGACCUACAGUACAAUUCAAAGAUUGCUGCCCUCCUGCCUUACUUUGUGUACGUCAUCAGCGGGGUAAAGUCAGUAAGUCAUGACCUAGACCAGUUAAACAGACUUCUACAUAUGGUGAAAAGUCUGGUGCAGAACCCGUAUCUGUACCUGGGCUCGUAUGUGCGCAGUUUGGUGUCCAGUGUCAUGUACUGCAUCUUGGAGCCACUGGCUGCCUCCAUCAACCCUCUUAAUGACCACUGGACCCUGAGAGACUACGCUGCUCUGCUGCUGAGCCACAUCUUCUGGACACAUGGUGAUCUUGUAAGUGGACUAUACCAUCAGAUCUUGCUGUCACUGCAGAAAGUUCUCUCUGAUCCAGUUAGACCUCUCUGUUCCCACUACGGAGCUGUAGUGGGUCUGCACGCUCUCGGCUGGAAGGCUGUUGAACGUGUGUUGUAUCCUCACCUCCCUGCAUACUGGGCAAAUUUACAAGCUGUGUUAGAUGAUUAUUCUGUGUCCAACGCUCAGGUGAAAGCAGAUGGCCACAAAGUCUAUGGAGCCAUUCUGGUGGCGGUAGAGCGUUUGCUAAAAAUGAAGGCACAUAGUCUAUCCACGGCAGCUGAAGGAGGCAGUGCCACUCUAGAAGGAUCUGUCACCGGAGCAGGAGGGUUUCGAGAAAGCUCUCCUGGUCUCAGCCCUCCUCCCGAACCCAUUUCUGAACCCCCUCUUGGCAUUGCAAGCCAUUUACAAGCAGGUGGAGCUGGUUGUCAAUGGGAAGAAUGGACCCCAGUCUCUCUUCCAGCCAUGUACUGUGAACUCUACUCUUUUUUUGGAGACAGUUUGGCUGUACGGUUUAGCACUGACCCACCACUAGGUGGCAUCCCACCUGCAGCUCCCUGUCAAUCGUUAGAUAACAGGAAGGAGCCAGCUAGUGGCGCUGCCAAUCUUGAGAGUACACGAAAGAUGCCCCAACUGACUGCCAGUAUGAACAUCAGCCCACGGCAAGACGGAAGCCCACGCACAGAACAACCACCAAGUCUGGCUGCUACUGCCCCAGGGAGGUCUUUCGCCCGCUCAUCCUCAGUCUCACGUUCCAGAUCCUCUUCAUCCCGUGCUGGGCGUUCAAGCAGCCAAUCCAGAGACAUUUUUCCCAAAGCCCGUUUCCCACCCCCUCAGGCCGGACUUCCGGCCUUUUCUUUCAUUAUCGGUGGACGGCAGAUGGGUCGUCGUUGCCAGGGACGACGCUUCCAGACAAGCUUUAUUCCAACCCCACCUGUUACUUCCCUUCCACCUCGUGUCUACGCUCACAAGUUGCCGGUCAUAGGACGAGUCAGUAAACCAGUGCGGCGCUGGACAUCUUCCCAUUACUCGCUUCACCUGCCACUUUAGGAUGUGUGUACAGUUGCCUUGUUUAUUGACGGUCCUUGUUUAAUUAUUUUCUGUAUUGAUUUGGGCCUGUAAAAUAAAUAUACAACAUUAUGUAAGAUAUGCAAAAUAUAAAUUUUUGUAUCACAAUUAUUUGAA